UCUUUUUCUGAAUAACAAGAUGGAAACAUAUAAAUCUUAUUUAAGGGUGAAUAAAUAUUUUCUAUGUGCCAUUGGAGCUUGGCCAAAGCAGAGAAAAAUUAAAAAAUGGUCAAUUUCUACUUUAGUUUGGAUUAGUCUUUUGAGUUUUCUUACCGCCGAGUUUACAGCUUUGGUGAGAUUUGGAGAUAAUUUUGAUAUGAUUAUUCAAACACUUCCGCCUCUUUUAUCCAACGUAAUAAGUAUUGCUUGCCUUCUGGCAAUUACUGUCAAUAAUGACAAGAUAGGAUUAAUUUUAUCAAAAAUGGAAAAACAUUGGGUUUAUUGGGCAUCGAAACCAAUGGAAAUUGAAUUUAUUCGCGAAAAUGCUGAGAGGGGAAGAAAAUUAUGUAUUAAAUUUAUAGUUAUGGUUUUUCUAGUUAUGAUUGAAUAUCUUUCGGUGCCACUUGUUCCUAUACUUUUGGAUAUUUUUAAACCAUUAAAUGAAUCUCGACCAAAGAGACUAAUGAUUAAUACUGAUUAUUGUGUGAAUACGGAUGAUUAUUAUUUUUGGAUAUCAUUGCACGCUGUUAUUGGAUGCGUUACACUUGUCACUGUUUUUUUGAGUGUUGAUUGUAUUUUCAUUGUUUUCAUAUAUCACGCUUGUGGUCAACUUGCAAUUUUAGGAUUCAGAUUAAAAAAUCUUGUGUCAAUUGAUUAUGAUCAAUCAACUGAUGAUGAAGAAGUAAUGAAUAGAAUUAAAUUUUGUAUCAAAUUACACAAAUCAAUUAUAAUAUUUGUGAAUGAUAUUAAAGAAUGCUUUUCAACUACUUAUUUUUUUGCAGUGGGGUUAAACAUGUUAAUGAUGACUUUUACAAUGAUUCAGAUGCUUAUAAAUAUUCAUGAUCCACGAGAAGUUCUUGCAUGCCUUUGUUAUAGUAUGGGACAAAUGUUUAUGCUUUUAUUUCUAACGCUUCCGUGUCAGCGAUUAAUUGAUCUCAGCCAUCAAAUACCUUUUAAUAUAUACGAUGGAUUUUGGUAUAAAACAUCACCAAAAUCACAAAAAUUGUUGUUGAUAAUAAUAAUGAGAUGCGCAAAUCCUUUGACAUUUACUGCUGGAAAAUUGUACACAUUUUCUAUACAAAAUUUUGGUGCUGUUGUUAAAGCAUCUUUUUCUUAUUUAACUGUGUUAUCAUCAGUUCGAGAAUAAAUAUUUCAAGUUUUCUGUCAAUACAAAUAAUAUUGUAAAAGAGAAAUAUAU